AUGGAUCCUUUUGAGAGCCUUUUGAGCAAACAAUUCAAUAUCUUGAAUUGGUGGAAAGGGAACCAAACAAGAUAUCCUAUUCUUUCACAAGUUGCCAAGGAUAUCUUUGCAAUUUCAAGUUCCACGGUUGCUAGUGAAAAUGUUUUUAGCCUAGGCAAGAGGAUUGUGGAUCGUUUUAGAAGCUCCUUGCAUCCUAAAAUGGUAGAGACAUUAGUGUGUACUAGUGAUUGGCUUAGGGCGGAUGAAUUUUCCUUUUACAAGGAACCAACGGACGAUGAGGUUGAAUUCUACAAGGAAAUGGAACAUAUGACAACUUGUCCUUCAAAUCCACUCACCACUGCUUAUACUUGA